CUACAAACUUUGAAAAAAUGAAAAUUUAUAACAAAUUGCUGAAAAUUUUGCAACAAAUUGAAAACAAGUCCUGAAGCAAAUUGCGAAGCAACAAAUUGAAAAUUCUGCAACAAAUUAAGAUUCCAGGAGCAUUACACAACUAGAAAAUCUACAAUAAAUUGAAAAUUCUGCAACAAAUUGAAAAUUCUGCAACAAAUUGAGAUUCCAAGAGCAUUACCCAACCAGAAAAGAUGAGGAUUUCUGAAAAUUAUGCAACAAAUUGCUGAAAAAUUUAAAACCAAUAAGCUUACUGACAGAUAGAAGGAACAGAGGCGUGAUUAAAUAUAGAGGAGGAAUGGAAACAGUAUUUGGGCAACACCCCUCGGAUGGCCGGUGAAGGUCAAUGGUAGUGGAUGAAGACAGUUGGGUGAAGGCCGGUGAACGAAGACAUGGUGGAGGAGGAAGGGAAAUUCUUUCCAAAAAAGAUCUGCUGCUGCUUGCUGGAUGCCGAUCUGCUGUUGCCGGAUGUCGAUCUGUUAUUGUCGGAUGCCAGACGCUGCUGUCCGAUGCCAGAUGCUGUUGCCGAUGCCGGAUGCUGCUGCCAGAUGCCGAUCUGCUGCUCCCUGUGGUUUCUUCUUCGCCGAACUAAAGAGUGGAGAAGUAGAAUGGAGAACCGAUGGAUGAUGAGGACUGGAGAAUGGAUUUUUCAAUUUUGUUUUGUGGUGAGAUUUGAGAGUUGAAUUGAAAAGUUGAGAUUUUGAGAGUUUGAGUUGAGAUUGAGAAUGAGAGAGUGAGACCAGCAGUGGGAGAAAAAAAAAGGGGAAAAGUUGCAUUGCAGGAGCAAGGAGGAAUUAGCCCGGUGAGUUUACCUGGUUU